AUGGUCUCGUGUGGCAGGCUGAAGGAUCCGUUUCAUUAUGACUCUCCAAAAUCGAUCCGCUUUCAGAGCGUUGGAUGUGUAUGCAUGAAGUGGUUCAUUUAUGUAGUUAUUGCCAUAUACGUUUGUUAUACCCUCAUCGCUCACAAGCGCUAUCAGGAGAAGGAAGAAGUUACCAGCUCAGUUCGCACUAGUGUGAAGGGAGUGGCUCAUGCAGUCAGCAGGAUCUGGGAUACAGCAGAAUAUGCCAUACCAAUGCAGUCAAGAGACUCUUUUUUCGUGAUGACCAACAUCAUUCAGACAGACAACCAGCUUCAAGGGAGAUGCCCUGAGGCUCCCUUUGCCAAAGCUAUCUGCUCUACAGACAAGUCCUGUGAAAAAGGGAGUGCAGAUAUCCGCGGUAAUGGAGUUCAGACAGGAAAAUGUGUGUGGUAUAAUGCAACUCUUAAAACCUGUGAGAUCGUGGCAUGGUGCCCUGUGCCAAUGGAGGAACACCCCCCCGUGCCUGCUGUUCUGAGGAGUUCUGAAGACUUCACAGUGCUAAUAAAGAACAACAUUCACUUCCCAAAAUUUAAUUACACCAUACAAAAUAUUUCACCAAAUUUCAAUUCUUCCUGCACAUUCAACAAGAUAACUUCCCCUCUCUGUCCAAUAUUCCGUCUGGGAGAUAUCCUUCAGGAAGCAAAAGAGAACUUUUCAGAGGUGGCAGUAAAGGGAGGAAUAAUUGCCAUUGAGAUUAAAUGGGACUGUAACUUAGACAGCUGGUCUUACUACUGCAGUCCAGAGUAUGGUUUCCGCCGCCUUGAUGAUAAAACAAGAAGCCAAUACCCUGGAUUCAGCUUCAGAUUUGCCAGGUACUACAAGCUACCAAAUGGAAAGGAGCAGCGAACCCUUUUCAGAGUCUAUGGAAUACGGUUUGAUAUCCUCGUCUUUGGCACAGGUGGAAAAUUUAGAAGCGUUGAACUCUUCACAUUCAUUGGAUCCACAAUCACCUAUUUUGGUUUGGCUUUUACUGCCAUAGAAAUCUGUUUUAACUUAUACAGUUGCUCCCGCUGCUGCAAAAUACCAUUCUGUGAUAAUAUAAUCAGGAAGAAGUACGAGACCGUGCUGGAGCCAAAACAGGUGAUGCUUGUGUCCUAUGUUGAUGAGCCACAUGUUAUUUUGAUAAAGAAGCCUCUGAAAACAAGCUUGCAGUAUGCUGAAGGCAGCAUUUUUGAGAAUCACCCUGUGAAAUUCAGUGAUCCUUGCAGCUUCUUCACCAAUGAGUCCAACGAGAACCGUGAUACUGGAGAAUCUCAGCUUAGUUGGCUAAUGCAAAGCACCCGUUCUCCAGAGUGCCCCAGGUGGUGCUGCUGUGGCCAAUGCAAUCUGAUGCAGAAGUCCCAUGAGCAGCUCUGCUGCCGCAGGACAGAUGGGUCAUGCAUCACAACCACCUAUUGGUUUAAGAAGCUGGUGCUGUCUAGAGGAACCCUGAAUAAAGCUCUUCUCUACGAAGACCCCUUUCUGGACCUGACAGGUGACAAUACCAGCAAUCAGCUACGUCAUGCUGCUUACAAGCAGUAUAUUCACUGGCGUUUUGGCUCUUUUGAGCUGGAAGACAGAACUGUCAUCCCAAGUUGCUGCAGAGGGGUGAUUAGAAGUACUUAUCCCAAAGCAGAUGGCAACUAUACUGGUUUUAAGAUAGAGUGA